UCCUCGUCCCCGUCUCUCGACACCGCCUCGUCCUCCCCGUCCUCGCGACCCCCUCUCUCGACACCGUCUUCCCCCUCCUCCUUCAACCAAACUCGCCAUGGGCCAGCUCACCGGCACGGCCGAUGUCAACGCCAUCGAGGCUCCCGUCACCUGGAAGGCGUACCUGAUGUGCGCGUUCGCGUCGUUCGGCGGCAUCUUCUUCGGCUACGACUCGGGCUACAUCAACGGUGUCGCCGCGUCCAAGGAGUUCAUCGAGGCGAUCAUGGGUCCGGGCGCGACGGAGCUGUCGUCCUCGCGGUCGUCGCUCAUCACUUCGAUCCUGUCGGCGGGCACCUUCUUCGGUGCUCUCAUCGCUGGUGACCUCGCCGACAUGAUGGGACGUCGCCCGACCAUCAUUGCCGGCUGCGGCAUCUACGUCGCCGGCGUUGUCAUCCAGAUGUUCGCCGCGUCUGCUCUCGCCACCAUCGUCGUUGGUCGUCUUGUUGCUGGAUUCGGCGUGGGCUUCGUCUCGGCCAUCAUCAUUCUCUACAUGUCCGAGAUCUGCCCUCGCAAGGUUCGCGGUAUGCUCGUCUCGGGCUACCAGUUCGCCAUCACCAUCGGCAUCAUGCUCGCGUCCAUCGUCUGCAACUACACCAAGGACCGUCCCGACUCGGGCUCGUACCGCAUCCCUAUCGGCCUCCAGUUCGCGUGGGGCAUCAUCCUCGCCGUUGGCCUGUUCCUCCUCCCGGACUCGCCCCGUUACUUCGUCCGCAAGGGUCAGCUCGACAAGGCCCGCGACACCCUCGUCCGCCUUCGUGGCCAGGCGCCCACCUCGCAGUACAUCGAGGUCGAGCUCGCCGAGAUUGUCGCCAACGCCGAGAUCGAGGCGGCCGCCAUCCCGACUCGCUCGUGGUACGGCUCGUGGAGGGCCUGCUUCACCGGCUCGGUCUUUGACGCGCGCUCCAACCUUCGUCGCACGAUCCUCGGCACCUCGCUCCAGAUGAUGCAGCAGUGGACCGGCGUCAACUUCAUCUUCUACUACUCGACCGCCUUCCUCAAGUCGACCGGCACCAUCUCGGACCCGUUCCUUACCUCCAUGAUCUUCACCAUCGUCAACGUCUGCUCGACCCCGAUCUCGUUCUACACGGUCGAGAAGUUCGGCCGCCGUCCCCUCCUCAUUUACGGUGCCGGCGCGAUGAUGGUGUGCCAGUUCAUCAUCGCCAUCGUCGGUGUCACCGUCGGCUUCAACAAGACGGCGCUCAACGCCGCCGGCGAGUCGAUCGCCCAGAACACCGGCGCCGUCAACGCUCAGGUCGCCUUCAUCGCCAUCUUCAUCUUCUUCUUUGCCUCGACCUGGGGUCCGGGCGCCUGGGUCCUCAUCGGCGAGAUCUUCCCGCUCCCGAUUCGCUCGCGCGGUGUCGCACUCUCGACUGCGUCCAACUGGCUGUGGAACACCAUCAUCGCCGUCAUCACGCCGUACAUGGUCAACGAGAACCGCGGCGACCUCAAGUCGUCGGUCUUCUUCGUCUGGGGCGGCCUUUGCACUUGCGCCUUCGUCUACGCCUACUUCCUCGUGCCCGAGACCAAGGGUCUCUCUCUCGAGCAGGUAGACCAGAUGUUCGCCGAGGUCACCCCGCGCAAGUCUGCUGCGUGGCGCCCGACCACCACCUUCGCCGCCGAGCAGGGCAAGGUCGGCGCCGAGGUCGACCACUUCGAGAAGAAGCGCUCGCUCGAGGAGCACGCUUGAGCCCCUCCCUCCCCUACCCUCCUUCUUCACGACGCACUCGUUUAAUCUCGUUCUUUCCUCGGGUUGUCUCUGCGUGUCCAUCCUGUCUAGGUACUCUUCUGUCUUUGUGCGACGCUCUCACGAGCUUGCGAGCAAUGCAGCAUCUGUCUCCCUCUCC